AUGGCCGACCUCUAUCCCCCAAGGCAUUACUCUCAGCCUAACAACAUGUUAUACCCUUCUCAGCUCAUCGACGACCACGACGACCAUGACCUCCCUGACCCUGCCGCCAGUGGCGACCAAAAGUCCCAGCACCAGACACCCAAAAAUGAGUCCAAGCCUCAGGCGACCUUUCUCACAAAACUCUACGCCCUCCUAGAGCGACCAGAGAACCAGCAUAUGAUACGCUGGGAUCCACAGGGCGAACAUAUUAUCGUCGAGCGACCUGAACAGCUUGCUCUACAUGUUCUUCCCAGCAUCUACCGCCAAUCACGAUUCGCUUCGUUCUCCCGCCAACUAAAUAUCUACGGCUUCAUGCGAAAGGUCAACCUGAGGAACGUCGACCCUGCAAUCGACGAUCCGGAUGCAAGUACUUGGUCUCACCCAACCUUGAACCGUCAUUCUCCUCCUGAAGUCGUUGCCAACUUCAAGCGCCGUGUCCCGCCUCGGCUCCCAAAACCUCGCAAACGUGAUACCCAGGAAUCUCUCAGUAUACCCCCACCUCGCUCAGCCAUUGGCAUGGGCCCUGUUCCCUUGUCUGUCCCUCAAUCUCACAAAGUUGGUCCUAUGGGCCGUGCUCGCGGCUUCUCUGCCCCAGGUUCCUACACACCUCUUUCGCAAAACGGUGCUGCCCCUGCUCCCGGUGGCUGGAACAGUCAGAACAACUACCGGUCUGCCUUGCCGCCUCUCACUGUUCCUUCUGACCCACCCACUCAUAUUUCGCAAAGUGGCAUGUAUAACCACGCGCCUUCGCACCACCCUGGCCACCAUUCUCUUAGUCCGGCCGCCGACGAACCACCGUUCGCCUACGGAAAUGCCAAUCCAUACCCGUCUUCGUAUCAGGAGCCGCAAAACAGCAGCUGGUUCCCUCCUGUCAACAAUGGGAGUUCGUCUCACAACGGCAGCCUGUCUUCGUUGCUUAACCCAAGUAGCAAUGGAGGUUACUCUCGUCCCACGCCGACGAUUAAUACCUCGUAUUCGUCGCCUUUCUCUUCUAUGCCGAUGCAGACUGAGCACUCUGCUUCAUCACUUUCUCCGGAUAGUCACAGCCGUCCCACGACCGGAUAUUCAAUGUCUUCAGUUUCUUCAAUGCCUUACCAAGAUGAAUACCAUUCCAAUUCUCGUCCUAGUUCAAGCCACCAUCACAAUCGGCCUAUGACCCCUCCUCGCCCUACCUCCUCGUCAAAAUCUCCCUAUCCUUCCAACUCUCUUAGCAUUCGCCGGGCCAGACGUCACAGCCAAGCGUUAAGUCCGUACCCGAGUCCCAUGUACGAUCAUCCGUCGGAACACCAGCGUCCGUCGACAUCUCCUCAACCGAGCAACGACCACCAUCCUCACCAUUCCCACUCACAUCACAGUCCUGCCGGCGGCAAUGUUCCCCGUGUUCGGAGCAUGAUCCAACUUCCGUCGGUCUUACCAUCGGUUGACCAUUAUUCCUUCAGUCCCCAGGCUGAGUUUGCCUACUCGAGUCCGAUGAAUGACUACAGACCCUCCACAUCGGGCGGACGGCCCUCGACAAGCACCUCCUCCAUCUCCGCCGCUUCUCACACGUCGAGUUCUCAGGCAAACACACCUCCUGUCACGGAGGGAUUCGGGAGUGAGACUGAUAUCAACCGAUACUCACCGGAUUUUGGAUUCGUACAGAUGAAUGAACACUUGACUGGACCCGGUGCUGGUGCUUUUACCAAGGAGAUCUAG